GGGAGAAGGAGAGGGAGCGACACUGAGGGUUCAACGCGCUGGAUAAGCAGUCACUCCAGGAGCCGCACUGUUAUCCAUCACAUCUAUUUUUCACAGGACAGGUGGAUGUGUGCAGUGUGAGCGGCACAUAUCGACAGAUGAGAAUAUCUGGAGCUAAAGCCGUGUGAGUGAGACGAGCUGAUUGAUUUCUGUGGGGUGGAUUUCAGUUUGGAGAAACAAGAGUUGCCAUGGAAACUAUUUUGCUCUUCCUCUCUUCACUCCUGGUGUGUGUGGCUGCUGUAUCAGAGCCCAGUGAGCAGGAUGACAAAAAGAAAGUUGAAGACCCAUUUGUUUAUGACUAUCACAGCCUGAGGGUUGGCGGGCUGGCAUUUGCCGUGGUGCUGUUCACACUGGGCAUUCUCCUCAUCCUCAGUCGACGGUGCCGCUGCAGUAUCAACCAGAAGCCCAGGGCCCCCGGAGAUGAAGAGAAGCAGGAGGAGAACCUGAUUGUCCCCGUGGGUGAGACGGCUGCAGCGCCUGCAGAGACUGCUGCAGAGAACUGAGGCUACUCCACCGGACUGGACUGCCUUCUGCAAUGAUGAUCAGUUCUAUUUGAUAUUUAGCCACUAAAACACUGGAGAAAAUGAUGAUUAUGGUAACCGGUUAUAUGACGGGGUAAGAGGAGGUAUCUUAGAAGUGUAACAUGUACAUAAAUCUUUAGCCCGUUGUGCUCAGUUGUGACCGUGCCAGUCCCUUAGUGCUCUUGUCCUUUCCUGUGCCUUUAUGUGACAGUCUCUCACUCCAGUUGUAUGUCUUAGCCAGUAGCACCUUUGACACAAGAUUGUCUUUGAAGCCCCAGAAGAAUUUUUAAUAUUGUGUAGUCUGCUGUUCACUGUUUUGUAUUUAAUGCCUUCAGGCUUUAGGAUUUGUCAAUUUGUUGUUUAUUUUGUUAAUUGUCCUGGAUAAUGUUUGUCACAUUUGGAUCAUAACAUAUAUGCAUAUACUGUAUACUAUAAACAUAUAUAAGUACAUCUAUAUUAAUACAUAUAGUUUACAGAUAAGAUAAACAGUUGAAUAUUCCUAAUUUAGGUCUACAUUUGAAUGGUUGCUGUGUGUUUGCGUGCAGAUGUGUGUAUACGUGCGUGCAUAUCCUGUAUAUGUAUGUGUGUAUGUCACACGUGCAUGUGUGUUUCUACAUGUAAAUGUAAUGAGCCUUAUAUGAGACAAUCUCAACCGCCACAGCUCUCUGACUGAGCACAGGAAUAGUUUGCAGGUCUCUGCGUGAGCUCCUCCAGCACAGUGUUUCACAUGUAGAGUGGAGGGAGCUCCUGCAUCAGCUGUCUCACUGCCUUCUUCUCCACUGCUGGCUCCGCCUGGAUUAACUAUUCUCCAGCAGACUAUGAUUAGUUUCACCUCACACACACACACACACACACACACGCACACACACACACACUCUGUGAAGCCUGUUCUCUUUCUUUUCUCUUUAAUGUCUUUCACUCAAAAUGUCAUGAUGCUCUGAAAAGCGGUGCAACAUUUCCGAAAGGAGAGACACAACGUUUGAGCAUUUUGAGAGAACAUUUGAUAUCAUUUAUGUGCAAGACUACAUUAAUAGUAGCCGAAUGUGAGCCAAAUCAUAGCCAGAGAACAGAUGAACAGUGUCUGUUGUGAAUCUCCUGUCAGGCCAGGCGCUCACCAAACUCAACUUCGAGUAUAUCUGUUUUAAAAGGCGAACGCUGUACAAGUAAAAGCUGUGUUUAUUCUACGCAUGAGGCCUUGUUGUGUAGCAACCUGUUGUACUUUUGGCAUAAGUAAAUAAAAGUAUGUCUGACCACA